AAUUAUACGAUGGAAUGAAUAUCGUCCAAUCCGAUACGAACGAUAAUCCGGCACCUCGUCCAUUGGAGACCGCACGUCAAUAAGCUCGUCAUGGCGCUCUUCCGAUCCCUCGCUCGCCAGUUCAAGGCCCUUUCCGUCUCACAGCCCGCUGUCGCUCAAGCGCCGCGCUUCGCUGCCGUGACUUCGGCUCCGAGCGCCUCCUCGACGCUCGUAUCAACACUAGCCGUGCGCGCAGCCGUUGCCUUCCCGCAGCUGCAGGUGCGCGCCAUGGGCUACAAGCUUAAGACAAAGGCAGCUGUUAAGAAGCGCUUCAAAGUGAACUGCAACGGCCUCGUCAAGCGCGCUCAGGCCAACAAGCGCCACAUCGCCACUAAGAAGACUCGCGAGCGCAUUCGCCGUCUAGGCAAGCCCGUGUUCGUGCAAGGACAGAUCCGCAAGAACGUGCUCCGAAUGCUAGGCAAGAAGUAAACCUUAUCUCGCUGUACUCCAUUGAUCGUGCCUUGUUAGAAGGCAACAGCGCUUGCUGUAGAUAGAAAACACUUCAGGUUGGAAGACUGGGCAAGGCCAGGAAAUAUGGAGUUGGUACAGAUGCAAGUAUUUGUGUGAAUUGUACUGACUUCGUGCGAGUACUGGUUAGGAACUCUAGCGCUUUAGGUGGGACGACGUAGGUUCGGAUCCUGCUGUUCACGACGUGCAAACGCCCGUAGCUCAAGCAUACGCAGCCUAAAGAACUUGGCGUCUUCGUUGAAGUGGUGUCGUGCCCGGGUUCCUAGAGCCACGCGGUCAUUCAUUGACGUCGAUGGACGUGCCUUUAGUACUGCGUCACAGAGAUCUGAGCUUCGGUAGUUAACCGGUGCAGGUGGUAGCAGCAGUGAGUCGUCUGAGCGACUCUCGGUUUGUUCAGUAGGAAAGAAAAUGCCUUCUGAAGCCGAGACCAGUUCGUUCAUCGGAUACGCACCCGCUGUCACUAUUACGCCACCGGAAGCUCGUGCGAGGUCGAGGCAAUCGUCGGCUGCAGUUGGGCAGACGAAGAAGCUGCUGUUACCGAACGCCCUUGCGAAUUUGACCGGAUCUAGAAUUUGGAUCUUGGUGCUGUUAGUACUGGGGAACGGCUUGUAUAACCUCUCGCCAUCGGUCGGCUUGUCAUCUUGAUACUCUUUUAGCAAGUACACAUCCAGAGGUGGGAGCUCUUUGGCGUGAGAACUCCAGCAGUUCAUCACAUCUUGCGUAGGCUUCGACGAGAUAUCCCAUGUUGUAUGAGCGAAGCGAGGACUGGCAAAGUCCGUCAUGUUCUUCUCUCGCGCCGCUCCGUCGCCAAGUACUCUUCGCACAAGGUUGGACGGGUCGGUAGUCACUUGGCCAGUGUAGAUAACUCUGAUUUUCUUGUCCAUGGAAUCUUGGGGUUCUAGAAACGCCUUCACGUCUUGAUCGCAGCGUUUAGUACGACAUAAUACGACGUCGGUGCGUUCUAGAACUGACUGUGCGAACUGCUCUGGAGCUCUCGAUGUAGAUUUUAGAUCUAGACCUGGUGCCAUGAGAUAAACCGGUUUAGUUGAUGGCCACGACGGAUGUUUCGUAAGUGACAGAACAUGUUCAGGAGCUAGGAACAGCAUAGGCGUGUCUGGGCAUAACUCGAAGUAGCUGGUUUUGUGUCGCGAGGUGAUGUCGUAGAGUUCAACGUCGAAAAUCCAAUCAGGUAGCAGCCGUGACUGCAAGAACUUGAGUGACCCAGCGACAGCAGCACAGCCAGCAGGUCCUCGAGCGGAUGAUGGAAGGUAGAUAUCCACGUCCGGGCAUUGGCGUAGUGAGGCAACCAGUCGUGGGUCACCUCGAUGCAGUAGCGACGUGCUGGUUUGGGCUUGAGGAACUGGGAGAUCGGCACUGUUACCUGGAGCAGCAUAUACCCACGGGAACACGGUGUCAUUCUCUAAUCUGCACCCGGUUUGGAGGUAGUGGAGAUGCAGCAGGUCAUCUGAAGAUACAUGAGUUUCCAGCUCGUCGAAGGCCGCGAGAAACGAAGAUCGUUGUGUGUGCAGAGCGAUAACUUCCCACAUGACGGAAAAGACGCCGAUGGUCAUGACCAACGCGACGAGCGUCUGUAGCCAGCGGAUUGAGUCGUGCUUGGAGAGAAGGGACUUCUUCAUGGUGAUAUUUCUUUGCCUUCCACCGAGUGAGUUUCUUUGCUUUCCACAGAGUGAGCGAUAUCCGUUACUGGUGAGCCCAGAUCAAUAUCAACGCCAUUUAGCGUAACG